GGGCAGGCAGCGCGUAGUGUUCGUGAGAGUACGAUGGCUUGCGGCAAGCUUAUAGCUCCUGCGGACUUUCACGUACUCCAAUAUUAUCUAUAGCACUUUGUUCCCUUCGAGUGCUUAUCCACACCUCCCCCGAACAGGCCCACGUGCCAAGAACCUCGACACAGGAGAGAUUUGUACCGAAGAAGGGCGAAGUGUUGUCUCCACCGAGCUGUGUUUCGAGCAAACCUUCCGCAUUGGCGCUUUGCUCCUCGAUUGCGCGCACAUGUGAACUCAUCGCGCGCGAGCUGCGAACCGUGCAUAACAUUCAGACGCAACAGCGCUGAACACACACAAAAAAAAAAGGAUGGCGCUGAUGAACAUUCCUGAAUGGCUGCUCCUGGCUGUGACUGCCUGCGUUUUGUUUUAUCUGUAUGCAGCAAGGAACAAAAACUACUGGAAAAACCAAAAUGUGGUUCACGAAAAGUUCUCCUGGUUGUUUGGACCAGCGACCAGCCUUCUGUACAAGCCUGUGCACACUUUGGACCAAGAACGCUACCUGAAGAUGGGAAGGAUAUUUGGGUAUUUCGAGGGGGGCAAGCCCGCAUUGGCAGUUGGUGAGCCAGAUAUGGUGAAGCUUGUACUCGUGAAGGAUUUUCCAAUCCUCUGUAACAGACGGAUAAUAGAUUUUUUCGACCCAAUUUUGGACAACAUGAUGUCCACAGCGCCUGUAGACCUUUGGCGGAAGAUCAGGCCUUCGUCCAGUCCUGCAUUCACCAUGGGGAAGCUGCGCAGGAUGAACGACAUGAUUCAGGACUGUGCAAAAAUUACGUCGGAGCACCUUACGAAAGCUGCUGAGGAGGGAAAAGACGUGGAUCUCAAGCGGUUUUACAGCCAUUAUGCACUGGACGUCAUAGCGAAAUGCGCUUUCGGCACCAAACUCGACUCGUACAAAGAUGCAAGCAACGAGUUUGUGACAAAAGCCUCGAAGGCAUUCUCUGGCGGAAUAAGGCUGGCUGUGGUGUUGUUCAUUUUAUGCCCGGGACUGUUGAAAGUCUUUAAGGUUAAAAUUCUUGACCCUGAACCAUUUCGAUACUUCAAAGAAGUAUGUGUGGCAAUUAUUCAAGAAAGAAGGCGGAAACAGCAUCGUCACGAAGACUUCUUGCAACUCAUGAUGGAUGCCCAGGAAGGAACUCUUGUCGACGGCGUUGAAGCUGCGCCCGGAAAGGAACCUACAAAAAUAUUCGACCUUGACACUGAAGUAAAGAACAACGUGACGUUUGUCACAAAGGCCUUGUCUGAAGACGAAGCCCUGGCGCAAUGCGUGCUGUUCUUCGUCGCCGCCCACGAUGCCACAUCUUCGGUCCUCGCACUCGCCGCCCAUCUUCUCGCUCUUAAUCCCGAUGCGCAGGAGAAGCUCCGCAGCGAAGUGGAUGAAUGCUUCGCCACACAUGGGAAGAAUCCAAGUCUUGACGUCAUCUCUAAGCUGCCUUACCUGCACUGUGUCGUAUCGGAGACUAUGAGGCUCUAUCCGCCGGCUCCAAGGCUUGACAGGACCACGUGCCAGGAGUAUGUCUUGGGUGACACUGGAAUCAGGGUUCCCAAAGGCAGUAUCGUUACGAUGCCUAUCUACGCUAUGCAUCGUGACCCGGAGUUCUUUCCCGAUCCUGAAAAAUUCAUUCCUGAGAGAUUCAGCGAUGCUAAUGCUGGUUCCAUACGGCCGUACUCUUACCUGCCUUUCGGAGCUGGGCCUCGCAACUGCAUCGGUAUGCGCAUGGCUCUGCAGACAACCAAGUUGUGCCUGCUUCACUCUGUGCGCGCCGUGCAGUUUGUGCCCGCGAGAGAAGGAAAGGCACCCCUCCAGUUUGCUAAAGGCAUUGGAAUCCUCAAACCGAAAGAAGUCACCGUUGGAAUAACUAAAAGAUGAAACUUCGGACUGAUGCAGCUUUCUUAUGGUCUUUUUUGCCUUCUCCAGCCGUAUACAAGUUAUAAUUAAAUAUACCAGCGUGUGCAACUUGUCCCCAGAAAUUGAUGGUGUAAAAUUACUACAAGAUACUUUCGUGAAGUCUAAAUAAAAGAAACAUGGACAAAUUGCAUCCAUGUG